CAUUGGCGCCUCCUUGGGCUCGCCACUGUCUGCGUCAUCAGAGAGCGCUGAGACACACCACGGCGUGCUGCGACUAUGGCGCUGUUCCACAUAGCGCGGUAUGCGGCCCCGGAGGCUGCCGGGCUUGAGGACACUGAGGCAGAGGCGGGCAGCCGGGCACGAGUGCUGCUCGAGCGGCUGCAGAGCCGAGCUCGUGAUCGGCAGCAACGGGAGCCGGAGCUCGAGUCUACUGGGACGGCCGUGGAAACGGCAGGCAGGCGACGGCGGCGGCCCCGACGGCGGCGUGGUGUGAGCGGCUCGGUGGCUCAGAGCCCGGAGCCUCCUAGGGCGAAGCGACUGAAAGCAGACGACGAUGUGGACACAGGGAGAGGUGAGGCGGCGCUAGAGCUCAGUGCCGGCGCAGAGAUUCCAGGUAGGAGGUCCCAAGAGGAUGCCCCGAGACCCCUGGCUCCAGGCCCGGUGCUGGGAGACUUUGCAAAAAGGAAGAUACCGAAGGUCCAGCCUUUCCUGCCAGCGUGGCUGGCUGAGCCAAGCUGUGUCAAGAAGAGUGUCACUGAGGAUCUUACUCCUAUUGAGGACAUCCCUGAAGUUCACCCUGACUUGCAAAAGCAGCUGAGGGCUAAUGGCAUCUCUUCAUACUUUCCAGUCCAAGCUGCUGUGAUUCCUGCCCUCCUGGAGAGUGCAGACAGUGGGUUUCUGGUAGGCAGAGGUGGCUACCAACCUAGUGACCUCUGCGUUUCUGCCCCAACGGGCAGUGGGAAAACACUGGCCUUUGUCAUCCCUGUGGUACAAGCCCUGAUGCAUCGAGUAGUCUGCCACAUCCGAGCACUGGUUGUGCUUCCCACUAAGGAGCUGGCCCAACAGGUGAGCAAAGUAUUCAACAUCUACACGGACACCACACCUCUGCGGGUUGCCUUGGUAACUGGACAGAAGUCACUGGCCAAGGAGCAGGAGAGCCUUGUCCAGAAGACAGCAGAUGGUUACUGUUGCCUGGCUGACAUUGUGGUGGCCACACCUGGCCGCCUGGUGGACCACAUUGACCAGACCCCAGGAUUCAGCCUACAGCAGCUUCGCUUCCUGAUCAUUGAUGAAGCUGACCGGAUGAUAGACAGCAUGCACCAGUCCUGGCUGCCACGAGUGGUGGCAGCAGCAUUCUACAAUGAAAGCCCUGCAGGCUCCUGUGCCCUGCUUCAGAGGACACAGCCCCAGGCUGUGACUGCUGCCAGCACUUGCUUUCCUCAGAUGCCUCUACAGAAGCUGCUGUUCUCAGCUACACUCACUCAGAACCCUGAGAAGCUGCAGCGGCUUGGCCUCUACCAGCCAAGGCUUUUCUCCACAAGGCUGAGACACCGAGACUCCAAGGACACAGUUGAAGAGGAUGGAAACUUGGGGGGGAAGUACACCUUCCCUGUGGGACUCACGCACCACUAUGUGCCCUGCAGACUCAGUUUGAAGCCACUCAUUGUCUUACACCUGGUCCUUGGGAUGAACUUCUCAAGGGCUCUUUGCUUCACUAACUCAAGAGAACAUUCCCAUAGGCUCUUCCUGCUAGCACAAGCUUUUGGGGGUGUGAGUGUGGCUGAAUUCUCCUCCCGCUAUGGGCCUGGCCAAAGGAAGAAAAUCUUAAAGCAGUUUGAACAGGGAAAGAUCCAGCUCCUUAUCAGCACAGAUGCUACUGCUCGAGGUAUUGAUGUGCAGGGUGUGGAGCUGGUGAUCAACUAUGAUGCCCCCCAGUACCUGAGGACCUAUGUUCAUAGGGUCGGGAGAACAGCCAGAGCAGGAAAAACUGGACAGGCCUUCACACUUCUCUUGAAAGUGCAGGAAAGGAAGUUCCUCCAGAUGGUGUCAGAAGCUGGGGUGCCUGAGCUGCCACGCCAUGAGAUCCCCAGGGAGCUCCUGCAGCCACUGGUCGCCCGUUAUGAGGCAGCCUUGUCUCAGCUGGAGAAGACUGUCAAGGAAGAACAAAAGUUGAAGGUGGCCUAGAUGGAAACCGGGGCCUGGAGGGAACAUCCUGCUGCAGUGAAUGUUUUGUGUGAGCAGAAGAUGCAGUUCUUGGGGUUCCAAUGGAAACAACCGUUCUCCCCAAGAACCACGGUCGUCUGGGCCAGGCACCCUAGAUGGUGGCUUAGUCCUGAAAAGUAAUGGCCCUUGGUUUAUACUCCUGGGGUCCAUUUGGUCUUUGGAAAUAAGCUCAGGUAAAGCUGAAAAAUGUCUUUAGGAAUGUAACCAAAAACUAUGGUCAGCCUUACAGUGAAUGUGGAUUGAAGUGCUUAUAGCAUUAGCAUCUACAGAGAAGCUAUGGUGACCCUGUCCCAGACAAGUCAUUAGAGCCCAGGAAGAUGUUUCCAUGGCUACUAGUCUUCAGGAUGAUAUGUUAGAGUUAGCCACUACCCAAGUAUAAAGUAAAUUUGAAUGAUAGGAGAAUCCUUUCCUGAACAUUGUCAAGGAAACUUAGCACUUACCUGUGCUUAAAAGAAAACCUGUUUUGAAAAGUCUGUAUUUAAAAAAAAGAUAGACUGCUUUCAUUUAUGUUCAGAAAAAAAAAAUAAAUGUAUCAUUUAAACCCAUCCAAAUCCCCUGAUAGCUCAAACACUUAGUAACUCAGGAUACCUAGGCGAGCCCACGAGAGCAGCAUAGCCACAGGUCCCAUCUUCAGGCCUUUGCUGGCUCUAGGAACAUGGGUAUGGGGAGGCCUCCCACCAUUCUGCCCUAGACCCCUUUUUAAUUUCACACACGUUUACCUGCAUGUACGUCUAUGUACAAUGUGUGCCUAGUUCCCAAGGAGGUCAAAAGUGUGUGUUGGAUCCCCUAGAACUGGAACUACAGAUUGAGAGUCUGUGUGGGUGUUGGGAAUUGAACCCAGAUUGUCUGCAAGAGCUGUAACCACUGAGCCUUCUCUCUGCCUCUUCCCAAGGUUUUUUGUUGUUGUUGUUUAGUUUGCUUUGUUUUAUGUGCAUCAGUGUUUUGCCUGUAUGUAUGUAUGUGUGUGAGGUUGUUGGAUCCCCUAGAACUGGAGUUGCAGACAGUUGUGAGCUGCCAUGUGGGUGCUGAGAAUUGAUCCCCAGUUAGGAGCGGCCAGUGUUCCUUACCACUGAGCCAUCUCUCUGUUCCUUCCCAAGUCCUUUUUUUAUCUGCAACUACCACAGCCUGGCUUCUGUAACUGGUGCCUUGUACCAGGUUGUGUGUCUUCUCCCUAUAACCGUCCAGAAUGUUAAUUGUCCUAGUCCCAAGGUAACAUCACUUUUCUCUCACAGGAUCAGACUCAUGCAGCAGACACAGGGAUCAUGAAGUAGAGAAUUCAAACCUGGGCUUGCUCCAGGUUAAGUAGGGAAGUGCUUUUCUUUUUUUCUUUCCUCAAAAGAACACUGAUGCAUUAUCUGUAACUGAGUUAAUCGCUGAUGUCAUAAUCCAUGCAGUCACCCUUCCCCAUAUUCCCUUCUCCAUCUGCCUCUAAUCCUUCCUUCUGUUAUUCCCUUUCCCCCUCUGUGUCAUUGUAUUAUAUGUCCCCUUCCUGGAAAGAACCUUCCCUCCUUCAUGGCCCCUUAUUAGUUCUGAACUUCUCCAGGUUUUCCAUAUGAAACACAUACAUCUAAAAAUCCAAGGCUAUAUUCACAGAGGGAAAGCAGUGACUUGUCUUUCUGGGUUAUCUCAGGAUGGUUGAUUCCAGUUGCAUGUAUUCACUUGCUACUUCUAUUUACUUUUUAAAUUUCAAACAGCUGAAAAUUACAUUGUGUAAAUGUAGCUCAUUUUCAUUAUCCUUUUAUCAGUUGAUGGGCUUCUAGGCUGUUACCAUUUUCUGGUUAUUGUGAACAGAGCAACUGAAAGAGCAUGUACCCUGUACUAGUAGAUAAUAGUAUUGGCUAUAAGCCCAAGAGUGGUACAAGUGGAACCUGUGGGUGGUUUAAUCUCAGCUUCUUGAGGAUCUACCACUCCUUGAUAGUGGCUGUAUCAAUCUGUACUCACAUCAAUGAAGAACUGUCACCCUUUGUCUACACUCAGGGUUUACUGUGUUGUUGUUUUUUUUUUUAAUCUUGGCCAUUCUGAGUGGGGUAAAAUGUUUGAAGUCUCAAAGUAGUUUUCCAUUUCCCUGAUGGCUAAGGCUGGUCAACAUAAAGCUUCUCAACCAUUUCAUUUAAAAUUUAUUGUGUGUGUGUGGAGGGGUUGCCUUUUUUUUUUUUUUUUUUUUUUAAGAGACAGAUUCUCUCUCUACACAGUCCUAGCUGUCCUGGAAUUCUCUUUAUAGACGAGGCUGACCAGAGAGCCACCUACCAAGUGCUGGGAUUAAAGGCCUGUGCCACCAUAUGCAGCCCUUAUUUAUGUGCAUGAGUGUCUUGUCUGUGUUUAUGCACCACAUGUAGUGCCUGUGGAGGCCAGAGGAGGUCGUCUGAUCCUCUGGAACUGGAGUUAUGGAUGCUCUUGACCCACCGUGUAGGUGUUGAGAAUUGAACUGGGUCCUCUGGCAGAGCAGCAGUUGAGAGAUCUCCAGCCCACUGGAUUUCACCUUUUGAGAACUUUGUUUUGUUCCCUGCUCUAUUUUAAAGACUUCUGUGCUUUGUGUGGGUGUGUGAAUACAGGUGCCCCGUCUACCGCAAUGGCAGUGUGUGUUCUUAACUGCUGAGCUGAGUCAUCACCAUAGCCCAUGCUGUCUUAAGGUUUGGUUUUUGUGGGGGGUUUUUUGAGUUUUUUGUGUAUUCUAGAGACGAAUCCUCUGCUAAAUGGUAGCUGGUAAAGAUCUUUUCCCACUCUGUACACUGUCUUAACUUGAAUGGUGUCCCUUUGUUGUACAGAAACUUUAGUUUCAUGAGGUCCCAUUUAUCAGUUUAUUAAAGAUGCUAUCUUUUC